AUGUCGGCCCCAAGCUCGCCUCCCCGCGCCUUCCAGGCGCCACAAAGCCAGAGCGGUAAAACCAAUCCAAAGCGGAUCGACAUUGCGGACGGAAAAUGCAGGUACCUCGGUCAAGCGGACGAACGCAGCAUUAAGAGGGCCAGCAUGCCGCUGCCAGAGGGUCAGCAUGCCGCUGCCAGAGGGUCAGCAUGCCGCUGCCAGAGGGUCAGCAUGCCGCUGCCAGAGGGCACCGAGAUCGUCAUCCGCGGCAGCACAGAAUUUCAAUAUCAUUUCAUUCGGUCAAUGGUUGAGAUGUACGGCGCGGACACGUCGUUCGAGGUCGUCGCCCGUCUUUCAUCGACUUUUCAGAUCACGGCUCGCCCCCCCCCCGAAGCAGCAGUAUAUGUCCAGGCUGAGGAUACGCAACCUGCCAUACGCAAGUUCUGGAACUGGAUGGAACACGUCUCCGAGGAAACAUACGGGCCUGAGGACUGA